AUGACAGACAAACCCAAUAAUAAACUGACCUGGAAGCAGACACUGCUGGCAGCAUCCCAAUCUCGCUCAUCCCCAAAAGCUGGUAAGCAUCACUGCUCACCUCAGCCUCAAACAGACCCAAGUUCGAGAAGGCAGCCGCUGCCUGAGUGGCCUCCGAUCACCAUUCCCACCUCUGCAAAAUACCCGUCACUCCAAUCUCCGGGCCCCUGUACCGGCAAGCAGAGGAACCAAAUACGAGCACACAACCAGAACAAUUGCACCAAACAGGGCCCUGGGGAAAGCCCGAGCUGGAUUCUCGACCUCCCCUGCCAGCGUGCUGGCGUUAUCCCAGUAGUUCAAGUUCCAGAAAAGGCUAUUGAAGUAGCCCCGCUAGCUCACUCUCCGGUAAUCCAUGGCAAGCCAUCUCCUGGGCUGGACACGGGGUACGGCCAAAAUCACGACCGUGAUGGCCAGCAGGGCCGGAAUCCGGGCGGCGGUCUGUUCGAAAACCGGGAAGGAGCGUUUGAGGUAGUCGAGGAAGAGGACUGGGUAGAGCGCGUUGUCCAUGACCCCGCUGAACCACUUCCAGAGGCCCUCCUGGAAGCCCCAGAAGGGGCCGAAGGCCGACGAGAUCCAGAGGACGUAGCCGCCGUUGGCCGGGAAGCUGGUGACGAGCUCCGCCGUGACCAGGAGGCGGGAUGCUCCAGAAGAAGGGGAAGACGAGGAAGCCGAGGAGGGAGAGGAGGGGGCCGCCGCCGGAUCUGA